UUACCAGAUAUUAGAAUUUGCAGAUUCCCUACUGGUUGCACGAGCGCCGGCAGCAGUAUAUAAGAGAGUUCAUUCCCGGAGCAAGUUACCAGCCUCUCUCAGCAAGCCAAGGUGAGCGGCAGUGGUCGAGAUGAAGGCGUUCGUGGCAGCAGCGCUCCUGGCCCUCACGGCGGCCGAAGGCUACUUUCGGCUCCCGAACCCCUAUUCGUACGACUGCCAGGAGGGCUUGUGCGUCAAGCGGGAGACGACGGAGACCAGAGGGCGCCGAUCGCUCGAAGCAUGUCAGAUCACGUGUGGGAAGUACGGGUCGGUAUGGCCGCAGCCGACGGGUAAAGUGGAACUGUCCAAGGAAACAGUCAGCUUUUCCCCUCUUCAGAUGCGGGUGACAAAGGCCGCCACUUCUGACAAGCGAGUGGCCAGAAUGCUGGACAACGCCAUCCAACACUUCACCCGCAACAUCCACUUCCUUCACCCUGACUUCCCACAAAUCGAGAAGCAGCCAUUAACACCAGAGAAUUAUGAGAACACAAGACACUUCGGCCAGAAGUUCCAGAAUGAAGACCCUGCCCGGCAGGACCAGUACCGUCAAAGGUCUGAGUAUGAUAGAGAUCAGCUGCGCCAGCGACCCAUUUACAGCAGGGAAGAACCCGAGAGUUUCAUCCCAAGGUCGCCUUUCCUGCGGGAGCGCAGUAAUCCUGGGGUAGAAAGCCAUAACGUCAACAUCGAGAUCACUGUCACCGCCUCUGAUCGCAAGCUCAGGCUUGAUACUGAUGAGAGUUACAAUCUGGUCAUUCAGACUGUGGAAGACGAAACCACCGCGACCAUUUUAGCUUCCACCUACUACGGUGCCCGCCAUGCUCUGGAGACGCUCUCUCAACUCAUUGCUUACGAUGACAUCAAUAAUGCGGUGCAAAUCGUCCGUGAUGCUCAAAUUCAAGAUGCUCCGAGCUUCAAGUAUCGUGGUUUCAUGCUGGACACUGGGCGCAACUUCUAUCCCAAGGAAGACCUCAUGAAACUCUUUGACUCAAUGGCCUACAACAAGAUGAACUACUUCCACUGGCACAUGAACGAUGCCGCUUCCUUCCCGAUGUACUCCAACCGCGUUCCAAAGAUGACAUACUAUGGCGCCUAUGACGCUAGAAAGGUUUACUAUCCUAAGGACAUCAGAGAUAUCGUCGAAUAUGCCAAUCUCCGUGGUAUCUCUGUGAUCCCCGAGAUAGGCGGCCCUGCUCAUAACGCUGCUGGCUGGCAGUGGGCCGAAAAGGAGGGCAAAGGCAAGCUUGCUCUCUGCACAGACUCGAAUGAGCCAUGGUUUGAACUGAGCAAAGAGCCUCCAUCUGGCCAGAUGAACCCGGUCAACCCAGAGGUCUACCCGAUCCUUGGCGAGCUAUACCGCGAUCUCAUGGAUUACUUUGACCCUGAGAUGGUGCACAUGGGCGGUGAUGAUGUAAGUUUCAAGUGCUGGCAGUCUUCUGAGGAGAUCCAGCAAUAUCUCUCCCAAAACAAACUUGAAUCCACAAGCCGCCAAUACUUCGAGCUGUGGAACACUUACCAGAGCAAUGCUUACAGUAAGCUCCAGGAAGCCGCUCAGGG